GGGGCUUCCAAUUAUGUUGGCCAGCAUCUAAGAAAAAUUGUACGCCACAAAGUCAACAAGCUAUCACAUUUUCUUAUCAACCAAACAUACUCGUAUCUUAUCCUUUAGUUCCUCUGGAUCCAAAUACAAAGUCCCUUCCCACCUUCAAGAAAAUCAUCACAGGAAAUAGAAAAUCCACUCCAGCUUCAUCACCAAAAAGAAAAUAAUGACCACAGCCUCUGCAACAACUCCAGCCACAAUCAGAGUUGUGGGCAGCUGCAAUAUUCGCAGCACAAGGAGUAGGAAGAGCAAUAAUGUGCACUUUAUCAGAGGAAUCAAUUCUUAUGGUGGUUUGAAGGCUCAGAACAGUGUGACAUCACUAGGCCUUCCUGUGUGCACUGAGCAGUGCUUUGCAAAGGUGGUGAGUUCUUUGAAGUGUCCAUCAUCUACGGGCAAAGGAAGAAGUGGUGCAGCCUCUUCAACAUGCAAUGCUGCAGGUGAGAUUUUCCAGAUUGCAGCCGUCAUGAAUGGACUUGUUCUUGUUGGUGUUGCAGUAGGAUUUGUCCUUCUUCGACUUGAAGCAUCUCUAGAAGAGGCUGAGUGAGAAAUUCAUAAAUUUGAUGCAUGUUUCGUUCCACUUAUUUUGGAGAAAUAAUCCAUACUUUUAACAGUUCUAUGAGAGAGUUUCUGAAAAAUUAGCGAUUAUUUCUUUACAAGUUACCAAUUAAUCAGUUGAUUUGACUCAUAUAUAAGUUAUAUCUUCCUU